AGCGGGCCAGAGCCAACAUGGAGCCUUCAAUGGGAUCAGGGUGAAGCCGCUGUUGCCGGCUGAUCCGGUUCUCCCCACAUCAUGCUGGUGCACUUGUUUCGAGUCGGGAUUCGGGGUGGCCCCGUCCCAGGCAAGCCGUUGCUACCCCUCCGCUUCCAGACAUUCUCGGCUGUCAGGUCCUCCAGUGGCCACCCCAGCGCCUGCCUCCUCGGGGUCGUGGCCCGGCUGCGCUCCCAGCUCCGGGCCCGCCUCCCUCGAGCACCCCCGGCUCCCGUCCGGAGCCCCUCUGCCUGGCGCUGGGUCGGGGGAGUCCUCCUGGGCCCCCUGGUUCUGAGUAAGUGCUCCCGCCUCAGCCUUGUGGCACUGUGUGAGGCAGAAGAGGCCCCCCUGGCCCGCUCCAGACCCCGUGUCCUGGAGCCCCGCUUUAACUGGACGCUCUUCUGGCAGUUUCUGCGCCCCCACUUGCUGGUCCUGGGGGCAGCCAUCGUGCUGGCCCUGGGCGCGGCCUUGGUGAACGUGCAGAUCCCCCUGCUUCUGGGGCAGCUGGUGGAGAUCGUGGCUAAGUACACGAGGGACCAUGCAGGCAGCUUCCUGACGGAGUCCCGAAGCCUCAGCACCCACCUGCUCCUCCUCUACGGCCUCCAGGGCCUGCUGACCUUCGGGUACCUGGUGCUGCUGUCGCGCAUCGGCGAGCGCAUGGCCGUGGACCUACGGAGGGCGCUUUUCUGCAACCUGCUCCGCCAAGACAUCGAGUUCUUCGAUGCUAAGAAGACAGGGCAGCUGGUGAGCCGACUGACUACAGACGUGCAAGAAUUUAAAUCCUCCUUCAAACUCGUCAUCUCCCAGGGGCUGCGGAGCUGCACGCAGGUGGCCGGCUGCCUGGUGUCGCUGUCCAUGCUCUCCACACGCCUCACACUGCUGCUGAUGGUGGCCACGCCUGCCCUGAUGGGAGUUGGCACCCUGAUGGGCUCAGCUCUCAGGAAACUGUCUCGCCAGUGUCAGGAGCAGGUUGCCAGGGCAACGGGUGUGGCAGAUGAGGCCCUGGGCAACGUUCGGACGGUGCGAGCCUUCGCCAUGGAGCAGCGGGAGGAGGAACGCUACGGAGCGGAGCUGGAGGGGUCCCGCUGUAAGGCAGAGGAGCUGGGCAGAGGCAUCGCCUUGUUCCAGGGGCUCUCCAACAUCGCCUUCAACUGCAUGGUCUUGGGCACCCUGUUUGUUGGGGGCUCCCUCGUGGCCGGGCAGCAGCUGACGGGGGGAGACCUCAUGUCCUUCCUGGUGGCCUCCCAGACUGUGCAGAGGUCCAUGGCCAACCUCUCCAUCCUGUUCGGUCAGGUGGUGCGGGGGCUCAGCGCAGGCGCCCGCGUCUUCGAGUACAUGACCCUGAGCCCCGGCAUCCCGCUUAGCGGGGGCUGCAGCCUGCCCCGGGAGCACCUACGCGGCUCCAUCGCCUUUCACAACGUCUCCUUCAGCUACCCCUGCCGCCCCGGCUUCCCUGUGCUCAGAGACUUCAGCCUCACACUGCCCCCAGGCAAGAUCGUGGCCCUGGUGGGCCAGUCCGGGGGAGGAAAGACCACUGUGGCGUCUCUGCUCGAGCGCUUCUACGACCCCACGGCGGGCGUGGUGACACUGGAUGGGCAGGACCUGCGCACCCUCGACCCCUCCUGGCUCCGGGGCCAGGUCAUCGGCUUCAUCAGCCAGGAGCCCGUCCUGUUUGGAACCACAAUCAUGGAGAACAUUCGUUUCGGGAAGGUGGACGCCUCUGACGAAGAGGUUUACGCAGCCGCACGGGAAGCCAAUGCACACGAAUUCAUCACCAGCUUCCCGGAGGGCUACAACACCAUCGUGGGUGAGCGGGGUGCAACCCUGUCUGGCGGCCAGAAGCAGCGCCUGGCCAUCGCCCGAGCGCUCAUCAAGCAGCCCGCCGUGCUGAUACUGGACGAAGCGACCAGUGCACUGGACUCAGAGUCCGAGAGAGUCGUGCAGGAGGCCCUGGACCGCGCCAGCGCCGGGCGCACCGUGCUGGUCAUCGCCCAUCGGCUCAGCACCGUGCGCGCGGCCCACCGGAUCGUCGUCAUGGCCCACGGCCGGGUCUGCGAGGUCGGGACCCAUGAGGAGCUCCUGAAGAAGGGCGGGCUCUACUCGGAGCUCAUCCGGAGACAGGCCCUGGACACCCCGCCUCCGGAGGCGCCCCAAGUCCUUGGGCACCAGCACUCCAAGUCCUGAGAGCUUAAUGGUGUCCAGGCUGCAGCUGCAAGGACUCUUCACAAGUCAGCGCUGGGGAAGGGCAGUAGGAACUCACCCCAGCAUUCCUCCCACACCCAAGCCACGACCUCGAGUUCCUCCACGGACUCUUAACGUGUCUCUCGGACCCUGGCAGAAGCGGACCAGCCUCUGAGCCAACCCUUCAAACCCACAGCCCCGUCCUGGGCACAGCUUCCCUUCUCCCUGCCCCAUAACACAGUCCUUUAGAUGUCACCCCCGACCGCUGUCUGAAUGGGACAGGUGCCUGGCGGACCCCCUGGCCCAGGGGCGGGGGUGGGGGGUGGCUGUGGUCUGUUCCACACAAGGUUGCCAGGAGCCAGCCCAUCUCCCCACUGCCCCAGCCCCAUUCACCUAGAGUCUGUCACCUGGUGAGAACGUGGACCCUCACCCUCUAGGUGGGGACACCUACCUCUGAAAGUGACAGAAGGGGGACACAGGCCCCAGGCCCCAGCCCCCAACCGCGGGGGACAGUCAGUGCUAACGCCCACCAGAACCCACUAAGGAGCAGCUGAUGCCAAGCUCCUUGGGCUGGCGAGACAGAAAAUCAGGCCAACGAGGAGCGGUCACAGCCAGCCUCCCUGGGGUGGUCAGAGAGGGUCCCAGGUACAGGUCUGACCAGAGCCGCUUCUUGAAAGAGGGCAGGCCAGCUGCCCAGUGGCACAAGCCUGCGACCCCAAAGCUGUGAGUGGGGCGGGGUGUCAGCUUCCAGGGGACCUCGGUGCAGCCAGGGUUUCCCUCCAGCCCUGGUCGCCCCAGAACUGGUCACCCCUCCUCCCUGAGUUCUGCUCAUGGCACUUCCCUCCAGGAAGCUUUCCGCCCUUCACAGCCCCAUCUGGGCUGACGACCCCGCUGAGUCUCGCUCGGGUGAGGAAGCAGGUUGCCCCAGUGAGCCCAUUUGGAUUUAUCCCACGGCAUAGAAGGGUGACCGCGGGCGGCUGCGGCUGGAGGCCAGCCUGGGGCACCUUGCACAGCUCCGGUGUGCGUGUGGCAGCCAGGGCUCAGUCCCCCCGCGGCCUCCGUGGAUGUGGUCUGGGAGCAGAUGCUACCGUUGGGCCACGACCAGCCUGCUUGGAUGCCCUGCUUUCUUGCUGAUGAGAGGUCAUCUCCCUGGGCAGGCCUGGCCUGGCUCCAGCUUGCUCUGCCACUAAACCCCUCCCUGGGGACGGCAGCCAAGGGCAGGUCUCAGCUUCCCGCCCUGGUCCACACUGGCCGACCGGGCCCCUCCCAGACCUGGCCAGCUCCUGUUCCACCAGCAGCCUCCAGACGUCUCCCGACACCAGAUCCCAGGUCUUUCCUUACCUCUGCAGGGUGGCCUCUCUGAGUCCUGCCCCCCACUCCCACCCCACCCCCUUUAGGGAAGUAGUGAGACCACAGAAGGCCAGGCGGUCAGCCAGCCACUCGUAGUCUUAACCCCGACCUCGGCUCCUGCAGCCAUUCCGCGUGGGUCAUAAACCCAGCUGAACUUCAUUUUGAGAGCUUGUUUUUUAAGAGUUUAAUUAGAAUGAUCUGUGGUAAUGUACUUGGGGCUGCAGCCUCAGAAGCUGGUUACAUCUGUGCAGUAAACGGUGUCAUUCACUCCUUCAA